CAUUCUAACGCUCAACAACCAAAUCUAAAGGAGAUGAAGCUGCAAGUGUGCAUAUUAUUAAUUGCUUUCACAAUCCAAUCAACAAUUGCAAGAGAAAGAAUUUUCGUUGAAAAUGGCAUCCUUAUGAUGAAGGAACUUUCAAUUAGAAGUCCGGAGAACGAAAACAAGUUGGAUCACCCUCAUGACGCGGAAGUUUGGAUGGAAUCCGUCAAUAUCGCAAUGUUGAGUGCAAACAUGCUGUCACGAUUAAGCAACGCCACCAAGUUGAAUGUGAGAGAUGGCGUUUUGAGCACAGUUGAAAUCCCAGUUCGUUUGGAGAACAUUGACCUCGAAUCGUGCCACACCAACAAAAUUUUGAUUGACUCUGGGAGAGGUGACUACAAGUUGAAAGUGCUGUACGUCCACCACAACAGGUUGCAAAAAAUUCCACAAAACUUGAACUCUUUAAAGCACUUGAAGGAGCUCGUGCUGAACGACAACGAAAUCGAGUCCGUUGAUCUGAACUCCUUCCAAGGGCUGACCGAGCUGCGCGUGAUCGCCCUGCAAAGGAACAACAUAACCUCAAUCAGCUCGCGGCAGCACAAGCUGAUCCCGCUGGUAGAUUUCUACCUGGACCAGAACCACCUCACCGAGCUUAGCUUUUCAAGCCUGCUUGCGGAGUCAGUGACCACGAUCCACUUCGACGAGAACCGACUGACGAUGGUUCUGGGGCUGACCAGUGCCUUCCCGGCACUGACUACAAUCCGGCUUCACGGGAAUCCGUUGGAUUGUGCCUGGACCAAGUACGUGCUGGAGGAGCUUCAAUCGCGCAACGUGACCGUUGCGGAUUUGAGGGAGGGUACUUGCCUGAAUGGAACCACGGUGGAGAGGCUCGUUCCGGAGGAGAAGCCGAAGUUGAGAUCUGUUUUGGAGGCUAGAGCGUAUCGUAUCAGGGGAAGAGUUUUCCGCGAUUAA